AUGCUUGUUUGCAGGUGUUUCACAAAUGAUUAUGACCAGGAUCAUGACUCUAAAGUCUCCAAAGAAAUCCGGGAAUACUUGAAAGCAAAAUAUGAAGGGAACGAGGAGAUUCGAGGCAUGAAAGUGUUGAACUUGAUAAGGGAGUUCGAGAUGCAAAGAAUGAAAGAGUCGGAAACGAUUAAAGAAUACUCAAACAAAUUGUUGGGUAUUGCCAACAACAUAAAAUUGUUGGGAAAAGAGUUUUCAGAUUCCAGACUCGUUGAGAAAAUUCUGGUGACGGUGCUGGAAAGAUAUGAGGCAUCUAUUGCUUCCUUAGAAAACACAAAAUAUUUAUCUAUAAUCACCUUUACAGAGGUGAUACAUGCCUUGCAAGCACAAGAACAAUGA